AUGGGUCAGCAUAACUUCGACUCCAGCUCGGACAUCGGCGCAUCUGCAUCAUCAUCUUCUCGUCUUCUUCACGACGGUAACAACGACGAGGACUGCGACGAGCGGAUGCAUCGCCAGUGCCAGCACAUGGAAACAACUCCCGAGGCUGGUGUUGCUACUGCUGCGUUGGGACAAAAACGUGCAGCGCAACCGACAACGGGACCUUCCUCCUCCAAAGAUGCUUCGGUGGCCGCGACCCGCGAUGCGACGAACGAGGGGGGGGGCAUGGCCGAGCUCGAGGCGGAGCUGAGGGAGGCCAAGGCCCGCGCCAGCAACGCGGAGGACCUAUCGAGGGAGAGAGAGGAAGCUUGCGUCUCCCAAGGAGCCGGCGCGCCAAACGAACGAACGAACAUGAUGUGA